AUGGCUGUUUCACUUGCUGCUUUAACCACAAAAGGGAACCCACUGCCAGAUGGAGUCUUGCAAAAGACGUUACAGGCUUGUGAUCAAGUUCUUGAUCUUGAUUCCAUAAGAACCAAGGUUCUUGAAUUUGUUGACAGUAAGAUGGGAUCUGUGGCACCAAAUCUCUCGGCCAUUGUUUGGAGUGCUGUUGCAGCCAAGCUCAUGGGAACAGCUGGAGGUUUAACGGCACUUGCAAAAAUGCAUGCAUGUGAUGCUAGGGUCGCCAAAAAUCUCAAAGAAAGACGAUAUUCAGGUGGUGCUACUACCUCUGGUUUGUGUAACGCCCCGACCGCCCCUCCCGGUGAGUCACCCACGGCCUUUCUCUUGAUCCGCAGGCUCCUCUUGGCCCGUGUGCUUCACCCUUGUCUGACGGUCGGUCUAUUAUUUUUGAGAGGCUCUAAUGACUUGUUUACUAUCCCUACAAUCAACACCCGACCUUUCCCUUGUGUUUUGACCUAA